AUGGAGGGCCAAUUUAAUAAUAUGAAUGAAUUUUUCCAGUUUUUAUAUUCUGAUAAGAAGAAAGUAAAAAGUAGUGAUAUAGAGAAUAUUAAGAAAUAUAUGAAAGAUAUAAUAUUAAAUGAGGAAGAAAAAGAAGAUGAAUUUUAUGAAUGUGUUAAUAUGUUAUUUUUUACAAAUAAUAGGAGAUAUAUAAAAAGUCAUAUAAGUAUGUGUUUGUAUUAUUUGAGUAUGUUAGUAAAUAAUAUAAAUAAGGAAGAUAGAAAUGAUGAUAUAUUAAAAACCAAGAUAUACGCAUAUAUAUUAAAAAGAAUAGGAGAUGGAAAGAGUAUGAGUUAUUAUGAUAGAUCUAUAUUAUGUAAACGUUUUUUUACAUUUUGUUCAUAUUAUAAUAAUAUUAUUGAAGAAUUAAAAGGAAAUAAAGAUUUUUAUUUAUUAUUUAGUAAUUGCAUACAAUUUUUAAAUAGUUUAUUUUAUACUGAUGAAAAAAUAAUAAAAUUAAAUAAAAAAUUCAAAAGAAUGAAAAAGGAUAUAAUAGAUAAGUUGGUUAAUAAUAUAAUAAAACAAAAUGUAUGUCAUUUGGAUGUAGAUAUAUCAAAUAAAAAAUUAUUAUUUAAUAAUAAUAGUAAUAAUAAUAAUAAAAAUAAUGUUGAUAGUUAUAAUACAAAUGAUACAUCUAACGAAUAUAUUGAAAAUUUAAAAUAUUUUGUAUCCAUUUUUAUUAAUCAAACAUAUUGUUCAUAUUUAAUUGUCGAAUGUGUAAGUUUAUUUUUAUAUACAUAUGGUCAUUUGUUAAAUGAUGAAAAGUAUAAAAUGAUAUGUAUUGAAAAUUUUGAGAAUUUAUUUUUUCAAAAUUUAUUAAAUACUAAUAAAAAUAUUUCGAUUAAAUUUAUAAAAUGUUUUAAAUAUAUUUUUGAGCAUACAAGAAAUGAAAAUAUUUUUGAUUUAAUAUUAAAACAAUAUAAUAGAUAUGAUGAAAUAGCUUUAAUAAAUUCUUUUUCAUUUUAUUAUUACAACAAGGAUUUAUUUAAUAAAACACAUUUUUAUAAAUUAUUAGAUAUUGUUAUAAAUAUAAAAAAAAAAGAAAAAGAAAAGAAUAUUGACGACAGUAUUAAUAAUAUGAUAUAUUUUAUUUGCUUAUAUAAACUUCAUCUACAUAAUGAACAUACAGGUGCAUUAAAAUAUUUAUUUGAAGAAAAUAAAAAAAUGAAUAUAAUAAAAUUUAAUGAGAAGAUAAUAUUUUUAAAAACUAUUAAAUUUUUAUUAUCAAAUGAAAAAGUUGAAGAUAUUAAAAAUAUUAUAUUAUCUUAUAAGGAUAUGAUAAUUAAUUUUUUAAAAAAUGAUUUAAAUGAAAAUAUAAAAUUAGAAGCUUUAAAUAUGAUACAAGAAUUAUGUUAUAUUUUAAAAAAUGACAAAGAUAUAUAUAAUACUUUUUCUAACAUAAUAUUUGAAAUAUUAGAUAAAUAUGGAAAGAAUAAUGAUAAAUUUUUAUAUUUUAUAUUAUUAUUUUAUAUACAUAAUGUUAAUAUAAUUGAAGCCAAUGAGAAAUUUCUGAGUUUAAUAAAAAAUGUUUUUAAUUUAUGUGUAACGAAACAAGUAUUAAAAUAUUUAUAUGGUAUGAAUAUGUUAUUAUUUUUAUUAUUAAAAGAUAGAAGUAUGAAUGACAAAAGUUUAAAGAACAUAGACACAUACAUGAAUGAUAUUAUGGAUAGAACUAUAUAUAAUAAUAAUAAUAAUUGUGGUGAUGGAGGUGAGCUUUUUUAUAUUUAUAAUAUGAAAGAAAUAAAGAAAAUACCAUUGAAUAAAUUUUUUUAUUAUAUAUAUUCUCUUGUAUUAUUAUCAUUUUUUAAGAGUAAGGAAAUGACCAAAAUAUUGUCAGAUUAUAUAAAUAAUAUGAAUAAGGAUAUAUUGUCAUUUAUAUGUUUUGAUAAAAUGGUGGAUGCAAAUAUGUAUGAUGAGCAUAUAUUAGGUGGGAGUUCAAAAAAUGUGAUAAAUAAAAAAAUGAGUGUAUCACCGAAUACAUCGAAGAGUGUAAAUACAAAAGAGAAACCAAAACAAACAACUAACAAUAAUAUUAAUAAUAUUAAUAAUGUGAAUAAAUUGAAUAAAUUGAAUAAAUUGAAUGGUGGGUGUAAUCUAUUUAGUGAUAAGAAUCACCCUAUGAACAAAUUGAAUAAAAUUGUUUUUAUUCUUUUACUAUCAUUGUUGCAUUAUAUGGAAGAGAAAAAUAAAAAAUUUGAAUUAAAAAAGAAAAAGAGAAAAACUCUAGGAACCUAUUUUAUAAGUCUAAAAAUGAAUGAUAUAUUAAUAAACAAAACAGAGGAUGAUCAGAAUAAUAAUAAUAAUAUAUACCAAUUUAAUUAUAAUAAAGAAUAUGAAUAUUAUGUAGACAAUUUUGAAGAGUUAUUACAUAAUUUAUUAUUAGAAAAAAAUAUAUAUCAAUUAUUGUUAUAUACAUUUUAUAAAUAUUUAUAUAUUUAUUGGAUAGAAGAGACCUUUAAUUAUAAAAAUCCUUAUGUUUUAAAAAGAUUUUUGUUAUAUUUAUUUGAAUAUUUAUUAAAAAUAUCUAUGACAGUAUGUGAAAAACAAAAUUGUUAUACUUUAAUAUUGUUAUGUUUUUGUCAUCCCCUUUUAUUUUAUAAAAAUAUAAAUAAUAAUAAAAGUCAAAAGAAAUUUAAAAAUAAGUUAUUACGUAAUUUGAUAAUGCCAAAUAUACAUCUCGAUAAUAUAAUACAAUUUUUAUUAAAUGGAAUAAAUUAUUAUUCAAAUGAUUUACAUAAGUUAUUAUGUUAUAAUAUUAUAGAUAUGUUGUAUUUGUUGAAAGAUAAAAAGGAAGAUGAUAAUCAUCUUAAUGGUGAUGAUAAUUAUAUGGAUAAGGAAGAAAUAAUUUGUAGAGUAAAUGAGAAUAAAAAAAAAUUACAAGAAAUGAUAAAUAAAUUUAUAGAUAUGUUAGAUGAUAAAGGUGUGCAAUCUAUUAAAGAUGAAGACAUUGAAAUAUGUAAGGUUCCUUGGGAUGUAUUAUAUGUGGAUCGAAAUAUAUAUCAACCAACAGUCAUUGUAGAAAGUAAAAAUAUAAAAAGAGAUAAAUAUUUAGUGUCAACAUAUGGUGAAGAAACAGCUGAUUUAAUUAUGGAAGAAGAAUUAAAUAAAAAAAAAAUGGCAAAUACAAAUAAAAGUUUAGGUGCGAAUAAAAAUGUUGGAAAUAAUAGUGUUCUAUUAAAUAAAUCAUUAAAGGAUAAUAAAAGUAAUAAGAACAAAGCAUUAACAAAAGAUGAAUUACAAAUUGAAGAAAUUAAGAAUCAAAAUGAAAUUAGAAAAAAUGUUUUUGAAAUAAUUGAAAAAAAUAAAUAUAUUUUAAAUUGUUUACAAAAGUUGAGUUAUAUAGAUGAUAUUUAUGAUACUAAAUAUAUGAAUAUAUUUAUAAAAAAAAUUAUGAUAUUAUUAAAAAAUGAUUUAACCACACGAUAUACACAAACAUAUUUAAAUAUUAUAAUAGAUAAUUUAAUAAGUACUAAUAUGUUAAAAUGUAAAAAGAAUAUUACUAGAUGUUUAUAUAAAAUAAGUAAAUAUAACAAAGCUGAUGAAUCAGCAUUAUUAAUAUUUAGUUCUUUUAAUUUGAAUGAAAGAAUAUCUUAUAUGUUAACAUUAUUUCUUUUCCCUAUUAUAUUUCAUAGUAUAAAUAUGAUAAAUGAUAAACAGAUAAUUUUGAAUAUUCUAAAAACCUUAGAUAUUUUAUUAUCAACGAAAACAGAAAUUAAUGAUGUCGAUGCAUUAAAAUGUUUACAGAUUAGUUAUUCAAAAUUUGAAGAUUUAGAUGUAGAACUAGAAUCAUUUUUGAAUAAUUUUAAUUCAUAUUUAUUGAAUAAUAAAAAUAUUAUAACUUUAUUAGAAUUUUGUAUUACUCAAAAUAGUGUAAGACGUAUGAUUAUAUUAAAAUCAUUAUAUAAUUAUGUGACUGAUAAUUUAAACAAUGAUAAUACAAAUAAGAAUUAUAGAAAUUCUUUGUGUGUUAAAGGACUAGAUAUUUUUAGAAAUGAUGAACGUAUAUGUAUGUAUUUACAUAUAUAUAAAAAUGACAAUGAACCUAAUACACAAAAUUAUUGUAAUGUUAUGAUAUCUAAAUUGGGAUUGGAAGAUAAACCUAUUGAACAAUAUAAAUUGAUAGAUAUGUUACAAAAAGAAUGUUUAGAUUUACAGAAUAUGAUAUGUGAAACGUUAGUUGAAUCAACAGAUCGAAAUAAAAUUAAAGAUCUGUUUUUACAAUUAACUUCUAAAUAUAUUACUUUUAAAGAAUAUGGAAAAAUAGGUGUUUUAAAAACUAUAGAAAAUUUAGCUAAACAGUAUUAUAUUAUUAGUAUAGACGAUGUAGAGUUUAUUUUAAAUUUUUUGUUAGGUUUAUGUUUAGAAGAUAAAAAUGAUAUUAGCAAAAUUAAGGAGUAUGUUAUUAUGUGUGGUACAUCCUUGAUUAAUUCUUAUAAUGAAUAUUUAUUAAAAUAUAAGAAUAAAAAUAAACAUAAUAAUAAUAAUAAUAAUCAAAAUGUGAUAUAUAAGAAAAAAAAAAAUAUGAAUGAACAUUAUUUUGAUAGUGAUGAUGAUUCAUGUUUUGAGCAUAGUUCUGAAUCUGAUGGUGUAUGUAAUAAAGAUGAAAAAAAAGAAAAAAAGAAAAAUAACAUAAAUAAGAAGAAAGUAGGACAAAAACAAAUUAAUAAAGAAUUAGAAGAAUCAUUUAAACGUAUAUAUAAUGUAUUAAAUAAAUAUCAAGAUAAUAAAAAAAGUAAGAAUAAAAAUGUGCUUGAUUUGAUUGUUGUUAUUUUUUAUGGAUGUUUAGGUUCCAAUUUAAAAAAAGAAUCCUUAGAAUUAUUAAAUAAGUUAAUUGAACAAAUGUUGCAUAGAGAUACAGAUAAUUUUACACAAAUAGAAAUUAGUAGUAUAAUUCCAAAAUUUAUAGAAAAUUUAAAAAAUGGAACUGAUACAUAUAGUGAUGAAACAAUUAAUGGUGAUGAAACAAUAAACGGUGAUGAUAAAAUAAACCAUGUGAAUAGUAGUAAUAAUAAUACACCACAAAUGAUAAAACAAUUAAAUAAAUUAAAUGGUAAUAAUAAAAAUAAUGUAGAGAAGACAAAUGGAAAUAUCAAUAUCAUGCCCUUGCCAAGUAAUAAUAAAAAAAUGAAUGAAAAAGGUAUGAAUAAAAAAGGGAGCUUAACCAAUAGAAAUAAUAACAAGAAUAAACAAAAUUCAGAUAAUUGUCUUAUUUAUUUAGAUGAAUAUGAUGUAGAUAUAUUUUUAGAGAAAAUAUUUAAUUUGAUAUUUAGUUCAAAUAAAGAAUUAAGAAUAAGAAAAGGUUGUUGUUUAUUAUUAGGAAGUCUAAUAAAAGCUCAUGGUAUGGAUUUUUUUAGAAGAUAUAAGAUCUUAGAAAAGAUUAAUGAGAAUAUUCAUUCAGAAGAUAUUAAUAAAAGACAAAGUUUUUAUUUAUCCUAUGGUUGCUUUUUUAAAGUAUUAAAAUAUAAAUUUGAACCUUAUAUUAUGAAAAAUUUUAAUCUUUUAUUAGAAUGUUAUAAUGAUAGUGUAAAUAAUAUAAAAGUAUUAGGAAUUAAUGUUAUUGAAGAUAUAUUAAAUGAUAUUGGUCCAUAUGGUAUGAAGAAAAUGUUACCAAUGAUUAUAUUAAAUUUAAAAACAUCUAGUAUAAAAAGUAAAAAUAUUAUAUCUUAUUUAGAUACAUUAUAUUUAAUUAUAUGUAAAUAUGAUAUACUAAAGUUUGUAGAUAAUAUGACAUUAGUAAAUUUAGUAAAUUUAUUAUGUGAUUUAGUAUCAGAAACAAAUAUUAAAGUUAAAGAAAUAUGUAUCAAAAUAUUUAAUAAAUUAGAAAAAUAUAUAACAAAUGAAGAAUUAAAAAAUAUUAGUAGACAAAUAUUAUUAUGUAUAUAUUCACCUAAUGAUAAUCAUUUAAAUGAUUUUUUAGAUAUAUUUUUAUCUAUACAUUUUAAAUAUAAAAUUGAUAACAUUGGUUUAUGUUUAUUAUUUCCUAUAUUUAAAAAAGGAAUAAAUAAUAUUAGAUUAGAAAUGAAAAAAAAAUCAUUACAAAUAUUUUAUUUCUUAAUAUAUUUAGUACAUGAUCAUUCAUUAUUUAUUAUAUAUUUUAAUAGUCUCUUUUCAACUCUUAUUCUAUUAUUAAAUGACGCCAUACCAGAAAUUAGAUACUUGACUGCAAGAUCCAUUGGUAAUAUUAGUCAAUUUUUAGAUAUGAAUCAAAAAUUAUUUUAUAUUCAACACAUUUUUCAUAUAUUAAUAAGUACUUCAUCUUCUGUUGAAAAGAGUGGAGUGGCUUUAUGCUUGUCAUCUAUAUUAUCCAAGUCGCCUGAAAAGGUGGCUGAUAAUUUUAUAUCAAAAAUAAUACACAUGAUAGAUGUAAAGAAAUAUAUGCAAAUUAAAUCAAAACGUGCAAAUGUGUUCGCUGGUAAGGAUAAAGUUGAUGUUAGUAAGAAGAAGGAGAUGGGUGGAAAGAAAAAUAAGUUGAAAAGGAAGAAAUAUAAUAAGGGACAUGCAAAAAAUGAUGAUAUUGACAAGGAAGUUUAUGAUGACAAAGAAGAUUAUUAUGAUGAUGAUGUGGAUGAAGGAGAUUAUGAUGAUGUGGACGAAGAUGAUGAUGAUGAUGAUGUGGAUGAAGAAGAUUAUGAUGAUGAUGUGGAUGAAGAAGAUGAUUAUGAUGAUGAUGAUGAGGAGGAGGAGGAGGAGGAUGAUAAUGAAUAUAAUUAUAACGAUGAUACAUUGGAAAUACACGAUCCAGAUGAUUACGAUUUUGAAGGGGAUGAUGAUGAUGAUGAUGGUGAUGAUUAUGAUAAAGGAGUAGAAGAUGAAGAAGAUGACUACGAGGAAGAAGACGAAAUGAAUGAUAAUGAAGAUGAAGAUGAUGAAGAAGAUCUUUUUGAAAUGUAUUCUGAUGAAGAAAGUGAUAGUGAUUAUUAUGAGAUUAUAAAUAAUAAAGAUAAUGAUAAAAAAUUAUAUUAUUUAAAUGGACAUUAUUUAAUGGAUAAGAAUGAAAAGAAUGAAUAUAUUAUAAAAGUUGAUGAGAAUUUAUGUAAUUGGAAAUUAAUAUAUGAUAAAAAUAUGAUAAGUAGUGCAAGUAGUAAAGAAGGUUUAAUAGGUUUUUUUAUUUAUAUGCCUGAAUGUGAAGAAACAUAUACAGAAAAGUUUUUAAAAAAAAUUCUUCAGAAAUUAAUAUUAUGUUUAAAUGAUACAAAUGAAAAUGUAAGAGAUAUAACGCUAAGAGCAUGUAAAAUAUUAAUAAGUAUAUAUUCAAAAAAUAAUACUUCUUUAAUAUUAAAAUAUAUUGAAAAUAAGAUUUAUAAUAACUAUUGGAGAAUUAGAAAAGAUUGUGUUAUUUUAUUAAAUGUUUUAAUAGAAAAGAAUUUACAAAUAAAUAAAGAAGAACGUGAUUUUGAAUUAUUAAAUACUUUACAUGAAAGAUUUUAUUUUAUGUUAUCUAUAAUAUGUAUAAUGAAGAAUGAUAAAAAUAUUAAUGUAAGACAAACAGCAUAUACUAUAUAUAAAAAUUUUGUAAAUAAAAAAUUAUUGCAAGAUAUGUGUUCCAUAUUAUUAAAAAAAAUAACCCAAAAUUUAUCUUCAAAAAAUAAUUUUAAACAAGUAAUUAGUGCAUUGUCAUUAGGUGAUUUAGUUUAUAAAACAGAUACUCGUCAAUUAGAAUCGAUAUUAGAACAUAUGGUAAAUGAAUUUAAAACAACAAAAUUUAUAUCAAUUAAGAAAGGUAUAUCAUUAGGAUUUUAUGAAAUAUUUUCAAAGAAUAAAUAUGAUAAUUUAAUUAUAAAUCAUAUACAUAAUAUUAUACAUAUGAUAAAAGAAUUAGCAUGUCAUCAAAAUACAUCUGAUAAAAUUAAAUUAUUAUCAUCAUUAUUAAAAAAUAUAGAUUCAUCAGUUUUGAAAAAUAUUAUAAAUGAAAUAUUUGAUAAUGUCCUUGAAACUCCAACUACAAGUAUGAAAUUUUUUACAUCUAAACAUCAUAUUAAUUUUAAAAGUAUUAAAAUAUUUUUACAUGUACAUACUGAAUUAGUUUUAGAGUUUAUUAUACAUCAUGUUUUUAAACCUCCUUAUGAUGCAUGCAAACUAAAAUUAUUGUCUUAUAUUUCGUAUGCUAAAACGGGUGUAAGUAAAAGUAUAUUUCCAAAAAUUCUUAGGAUAUUUAUUAAUUUAAUUUUACACAAUAUAAAUAGAUUAAAAGAAACACAUGAAAUUGAUAUUAAAAAUUAUGCUUUAAUUCUGUCGUCUUUUAAGGAAGAGAAUAAAGAACAAUAUAAAGAUGGACACGAAAAGGGAAAUAUUAAAGACAAUAUGAAUGAUAAUACAAUAACAUAUAAUGAGAAAGAAAAAAGUAAAAACAAUAAAAUAAGUAGAAACAGUUCAUUUUAUAAUAAUAUAGAGUAUUCUAAUGAAACACAAAAUAUGAAUGAACCAUUCUAUGAAAUAGAUAUGGAUAUGAAAGAUAUAACUAAGUGUUUAAAAGAUUUUUUAAGAAAUAUAAAUGAGAGAAAUGUAGAUAUAUUUAUUGAGUCCUUAUUAUCAGAACUGAAAUUAUAUUCUAGUAAAUGUGAUUUAUCAUAUAAUAGUUUAUGCAGAACAUAUGAUUGUUUAAAAUUAGAAGAAGAUAAAAAAUCACAAGAAUCUGCAGAUUUAUUAAAAAGAUAUUUUAUUAUACAUGAUAAGAAUAACUUAGAUGAGUUAUCAUAUUUAGAAUAUAAAGAAAAUAAUGGAAAAAUUCGAGAGAUCAUUUUAUCUAUUUUUAAAUACUUCUUAGAUAUAAUAAAUAAUGAAGAUAUAUCUUUAUUAUUAUCAAAUGAAAAUUUAAUGAGUACACAAGAUAAUAUUAAUAAUAUAGAUAAUAUAAAUAAUAUUAAUAAACCAAAAAAUAUAAUAAAAAAUAUAAAUAAAAAAAAUAUAAAUGUAUAUAAAAAAAUGUAUUUAUUAAAUAUAGAAAGAAUAGAAAUGUAUAUAAAUGUUUUAUCAAAUUAUGUUUUUGUAGAUAUUAAUAAAGAUGUACUUGAUAUAUCAUCUAUAAUAUAUAUAUAUUUAAUAGAAUUAAUUAAAAAAUUAGAAGAUAAUUAUAGAUAUACUAAUAUAUUUUAUGAUGUUAUAAAUAAAUAUUGUACUGAUAAUAAUUUCAAUGAAAUAGUACAUGAUAAAUACGAAAUUGUAGGAUUAAAUUUAUGUAAACCAUUAUUUUCAUCUUUAAUGAAUAUGUUUACUAAUGUAGUAUUAUUAUCUAAUAAUACAGAUAUUAAAACAAAGGCAAUAGAUAUUAUCAGAAAAUUAUUUAUAUAUACAAAUAUUAAUAUAUCAAGACCAUUCAUGUUAAAGAUAUCAGGUAUUCUUAUACGUAUCUUAACAAAUAAAUUUAUUGAACAAGCCAAAUUUUAUAUAUUUUCAACUUUUGAAGUAUUAAUUAAAAAAGGAAGUGAUUAUGUAAAACCAUUAAUACCACAAUUACAAACUUGUAUUAUAAAAUCAUUAAAUAAUGAAAAUUUAAAAAAUCAAAUUAUUUAUAUUUUAAAUAUUAUAUCUGAGAAAAAAUUAUCUAGAGUUGAUUUACUAAUAAAUGAUUUAUUAAAUAAUAUUAAUGUACAAAUAAAUUUACAAAUAUCUAUUACUAUAUUAAUGAUAUUAUCAAAUAUUUUAAAUAAUGCAGAUAUUAAUAUAAAAAAUAUAUUAAUUAAAAUUAUAAAUUGUGUUAAACCAUUAUUUAAUCAUACUAAUAAAGAUAUAUCCUUUUAUUCAACAAAAAUAUAUAUACUAUUAAUAUUUUUACAUAUACCAAAAAAAAAAGAAUAUCUUGAACCUAUUUUAUCCUUAAAAAGUAAUACUUUAGAUACUACUUCCUAUUACUUUGUUUUACAUAUUAGUGAGAUUAAGAACGUUUAUGAUAUUUUAAAAAAAGAAAAUUUUAUAGAUACAUUUAAAGAAAUAUAUUUACAUAUGAUAAAAGAAGAAGUCAAUAGUUUACAACAUAUAUGUUAUCAAAUUUUUUAUAAUUUAACAAAAUAUAAUUAUGAUAAUAAUGAUUGUUUAUUAUUUAUAUAUAAUAUUAUUAAUCUCUUGAAAUUACCUCCAUUUAUAAUGAUAUCUAUUGAAAUACACAGAUAUUAUUUUAAGGCAAUAAAAAAUAUUUUUAAGAAAAAGAAUGAUAUAUACAAAGAAAAUGUGAAGAACUUUAUGAUUAUAAUGGAUAAUAUAUUAUUAGCAUUGUUUAAUAAUAUACCCGCCUUUAAAUUACUGGGAGAAAGCUGUACAAGGUGUAUUUUAGAAAUGAAUGAUGAAAAUCAGUAUAAGAAUAAAUUAGACUUUUUAAAACAAAAUAUGGAAAGUAAAAAGUUUAAUCAGUUAGUGGAAUAUAUAAAUCGUGUUCUGAUUAAGAAGAUUAAUGUUAUAUCAGAUUCUGAUUAA